AUGGUUAACAAGGGUUUCUCACUAGCUUCCAAGUGCUGUGUUUGUAAGCAGGAUCAAGACAAUAUGACUCACUUGCUCUGGAAAUGCAAAUUCAGUAAAAGCAUAUGGACAUGGUUAGGUAACAUUUUUCACUUUCCUAAUCCAUUUUCUUUUGAUGAUAUUAUAAAGUUUGCAAAACACAAAAUCCCAAUUGUUAAGGAAAUAUGGCUAACAUCUGCCUUUUUAACAACGAGAGAGCUUUGGUUUCAGAAGAAUAACAUUAUGUUUGACAAUGACAAGCCAAAUGGGAAUAAUUUUAAGAGAAGAAUCACGAAUUUAGUUCAAUAUGGGGGAUACAUAAUGCAUGGUACUAGAUGGGGGAAACAAUAUGAUUUUGAUAUUCUUAAUGCUUUCAAUCUAAGUAAUAGAAGAACUAAAUUUCAAUCAAUUAAGGAAUGCUACUGGACAAAUCUAAAGAUUGAUUAUGUAUUGUUCUGCUGUGAUGGAGCUGCAGUUGGGAAUCCAUGUAUGGAAGGAUUUGGUAUAAUAGCAAGAAGCAACAGUUGUGAGGUUAUAAGGACUGUAUCUGGAGGUUUAGGCAUAUCCACUAAUUAUAUUGCAGAAACUCUUGCAAUUAUAUGGGCCAUUGAAUGGGCAGGUAAGCUUCAGUGUUACAAAAUCAUCAUCAGGUCUGACUCUAAAACUGUUGUGGAAGAUUUUAUAAGAGGAGAAGUACCCUGGUGUUUCGAAUCAAGAUGGAUUAAAGCUUUCAAAGCAUUAACUGGAAUUCACUAUCCACUGCUACAGGGAGAUCAAUUUCACAGCUGA